GAAUCACCAGUACAGCGGCUUCGUCGUUCUGCCAUUAGUGAUCAAUCACGAGCGGCGAUGUCUGACAUACUAGUGUUCAUCAUCUGCUUGCUCGACGGACUACUUCUUAUGAUACUGUCAGUGUACUUCAUCAUAUGUCUCUCUGACUUGGAGUGUGACUUUCUCAACACCAAACAGGGCUGUGUCAGACUAAACCAGGCAUGCCAUCGACUACUGUUGUGUCUCAUUGUCCAUGUACACAUUGUAUGGUGUCUAUUACAGUGGGUGGUGCCGGAGCUGGUGGCCACAGCGUUCAUCCCAAUCUUCCUGCUGCUCACCUUGCAUUGGGUCGUCUUUCUCGUCACUGCUCCGUUUGCUGGAUACCUCAUUUACAGGUAUAUGACCCUGCCUCCUGGGUCCAUGGGUAUGUACGAUCCGACAGAGAUCCGUAACAGAGGGAUGCUCCUGCGGUUUCAGAAGGAGGCCUUCAUCAAAGUCGGCUAUCAUCUGGUAGUCUUCUUCGUACUUCUCUACUGUUUUGUUGUCUCUCUUGUGCUGAGCUGACAGUGAACAAUCUCAGUACCAGGUAGCUCUAGGGUUUUUUUCAGUCACUUAUUCAUAAUCGUGUGUGAGUGUGAGUAUUAUGACGUCUUCAA